AUUUUUUUGGGCGCAUUGCGACCAACCAUUUUCACAUGACUUUAAUAUUAAUGAAUAAAUUUAUUUAUUUAUUUAACUUGAAUAAAACAUAAGUUAAGAAGUUAAUGUAUUUAAAAAUAAUUUAAUAAGUUUAAGUUAAAAGUUAACGUGUUUAAAAUUAACUAAUUUCAGGGGAUCCUGGAAUCGUCUGUAUUACCGAAGGAAUCAAUGAGUUUUUUAAAUAAAUCUUCAUUGGUUGCGCAGAAUGAAAAAUCGUUUUGCACGAUGAAAGAAAUUCUUUUGCACGAUAUCAAGGACCCUAAUCUUGUGCUCUAUUGGCACGCUUGGCCAUGAUUGCAGACGCUGAUCAUACCGUGAUCUCAAGGAGAACGACGCUUUUUGAUAUUACAUCAGAGGCUGUGGGUUAAGAAGGUCAUCUCUCCAUACAAUCGUAAAUAAUGAUUCCCACUAGCAGAACAAAUGGUCCGUUCUUCAUAGCUGCACUGCUGAGCUGGUGCAUAUAUGUUACAGUGAGACAAGUAUAUUUUGUCUCACUCUAAUUUACACCAGUUCAGCAGUGCAGCUAUAAAGAAUAAGCCAUAUGAGAGGAUAAAGUUCAAGAUGAGUGUGCUAACUAAAGCCUGCAAACUUCUCAAUAAAUUAAGCAUUCGCUAUUACAGUGGAAAAGUUGGUAUUAUCGGAGUACCAUUUGACAAAGGACAGAAAAAACAAGGAGUAGCUCGUGGACCUGAAGCAAUUAGGGCAGCAGGAUUGAUACAAGAAUUGAAAAUGUUAGAAUUAGAUGUGCAAGAUUACGGCGACGUGCUUUAUCAUGCUGAAGAUGUAGAUAAAGUAAAUAAUAUGUCUCAUUUAAAUCAUGUGGCUAGUUGUACAAGCCAUUUGUCUAAACAAAUUCAACAAGUAUUGCAAGAGGGACGGCAAGCAUUAACAAUUGGUGGUGAUCACAGUUUGAGUAUCGGUACUAUUGAUGGACACGUUAAGGAAAAAAAAGAUAUAGCAGUAAUAUGGGUGGACGCUCAUGCGGAUUUAAAUACUAAUAAAACCAGUGAGAGCGGUAACGUUCAUGGAAUGCCUGUAGCAUUGUUAACUACUGAGUUAGCCGAUUAUUGGCCAUAUUUACCGGGCAUGGACUGGCAAAUGCCAAUGUUAUCUAUUAGAAAUAUAGCUUACAUUGGCUUAAGAUCUGUAGAUCGCUAUGAAAGAUUAGUAAUCGAAAAAUUUGGCAUUACCGCUUUCGGUAUGGAAGAUAUAGAACGAUAUGGUAUUCAUGAUAUAAUACACAUGGCACUAAAUAAAAUAGAUCCACAUAAUACGAAAUCCUUGCACGUUAGUUUCGAUAUCGAUUCGUUAGAUCCGCUAGAAGCACCCAGCACUGGAACUCCAGUUCGUGGAGGACUAUCUCUCAGAGAAGCAAUUCAUCUCAUGGAGGAAAUGUAUAGAACUCGCAGAUUAAAUGCUGUUGAUUUGGUAGAAGUUAAUCCGCAAAUUGGUAGUGAAAGAGAUGUAAAAAAUACUGUAGAGGCGGCAAUACACAUUAUCCAAGCAGCUUUGGGUUAUACGAGGCGCGGUUUGAGAGUACCUAAAGGUAUUACCGAUAUGCCUCUGCAAACGACUCAAUAAUAUACUUAUUCUUCAGUGCUGUGUUAUUAAUUACUAUAUAAUGUGAACAGUAACAUAUAUUGCAUCUUUCUUUUAAUUACUUAUUACAAUUUUACAUCUUUUUUCAAG